GAUUUCUGAGUUAGCUUUUUUGACUUUUUAUUGCAGUUGAUUUUGAAUAAGGUUCUCCUGCUUGGCUCAGCUACUCAAACAAUUGUUGGUAGGCCUAUUGUGUCACAUGCAGCUGUUUGUGCAGUUGUUGAGGAGCAUGCAUUAGAUGCAAAGGUAAUUAUUUUCAAGAAAAAGAGAAGGAAAAAUUACAGGCGAACUAAGGGACAUCGCCAGGAACUGACCAAGUUGAGGAUAACUGAUAUACAAGGAAUUGAAAAAGCAGAACCAAAUGCUGAAGGAAAGCCUUUAAAGUUGGCUACUGAGAAGCCAGAGAAGCUCAUGGCUGCUGCUUAGGAAAGGAUGUCACCAGGGCUGUUUAUUGUAACAAAUGGCUCUCCAUGAUUCAAUGUAUACUUGUGAUGUCCAUUGAGGUCGAAUUUUACCAGCCAAGUAGGCACUGGUUGUGGGGAUGGUUUGGUUGAAGCAUGCUUUGCUCUUCCAAGAGCUGAGGUCAAAUUUUGUGUUUUUGCAUUUCUUGUUCAUUUAUUUGUAUUUAGUAACCUAGAUGGUGGGAUUUCACUUAACACACUCCUUCCCAAGUACAACUUUUUCCAAGUUCACAGGUAUGUUCUUCAUCCAUCUUUUAUGUUUGCUAUAGGUAUGUUUUGAGUUUUCUCAAGAAAACUCUUCGUGGAUGUGGCCUUGAUGUUCGAAACUCCCACGGCUUCAUGGCAAAGAAUGUUUGAUGGAGAUGACGGCAAAGGAAAACUGAGCACAACAUCUCACUUUAAUGCCAAGGAAGAGUUUGUUGGAGCUAUGGCAUGAAAGUUGAAAAUGCAGUGAAAUGAGAACUGCUAAAUGAUGCUGCAACAUGAUUGCACAGUAGCAGCAAAUGACAGCAGCAUGGAACUUCACAUGGGCUACAAGAAAUGGCAGCAGAUUUU